AUGUGUCUUUUUUGGCAGAUUUGCAGAGGUAAAUCACAAGAUUGUCAGGUAAUUAAGCUUUUUUUAUUCCCUUCUUUUUUUUCAGGCCUAUUUGAUCCGCACAAUCCCCCGCAGAAAAUUGAACCAAAUAAACAGGUGAAAAUACGACUAGAAUCGAUGGGCCUGUGGGCUGGACAUUGGCAAAUACAAAAGGAUCUCUGUACAAUAUACAACAUCACACUAACUUCUGAGCUCUCUUCUGUCGGUGUAUUCCUUCGGUAUGGAACUAUGUCGACGAUUGUGCACUACAGUCACUUUGAUCGAAUUCUCGGUCGUCAGUUGAAAGCUGACGCUGUUGUAAAAAGAGAUUCCAAUGAACUCCCCAAAGAGGCUUUUCCUUCUGUGUCUUCUGAAACUCAUAUCAAACCGGACGCUCCGCGAACAACAGGUCGUGUGCGGUGUCUGAAGAAAGGUCACUGGUUCAUCUCGAUUGUCAAUGACCAGCCAAGAAUGGAGGAUAUUGUCUUCUCGAUGGAUGAAAUCAGUAAGUGGUUAUUUGCAAGAUUCUACCGUAUAACGGAAGGUGCUUGA